UUGUCAACAUAACCUCUAAAAUGACAGAAUCAAAGAUAUUUGAAAUUCUUCUUCAAAAACAGUAUGAUUUUCCUAAACUUCACUCGGAAGCAGCCUUCACAGUGGCAAAUAGUUUUGCGGACGUAAUUUACGACACUUUAAAAUUAAAAUCAAGUUUGCCUACAGCCAAAAGAUUCAGCGUUCUUAAAUUUCUUAAAACUUUGGCAUCAAGUUCUGAUACCCACUUGAGCGUAAACGAGCAUAAUUAUCAAACAUUCAUUGAGGCAUGUACACAUUCUGAAAACGAAAAUGAUCAACAUUUUUUAAAUGAUGUUAGCAAGGAACUACAAGAGCAGCUACCAGGAGACUUAUGUAGUGAAGUGUUAGAAUUUUACAAAAGAAAAAACGAAAAGCACCAGAAAAAUAUAAAGCGAAUGGAGUUAGUUAAAAAAUUUGACCAGGAAGCGCUUGACAAGGCACACUUUUCUGGAAGAAUUACGAGAAAUAUCUCAUAUUAUGAAACCAGUGAAAAUGUUAUUAAAAAACUCCUUCACAGUGAAGAACUGCCAAAUAUAAAAAUAAGUGAAGUGGACUCAACUGACUUAACAUAUAGGACAAAACAAGUGAAAUUUGCGUAUAGUUUACUGUAUCUAAAACAAUGGACUCCUUUGAAGACAGUUUUAGACAGAUUUGUAAACUACAAAACAUUAACAAAUUAUGAAAUUAAUUUUUUAAACUAUUUAAAUGAAAACGUGGGUAGUGGAGGUGAACAUUUACGCGAAUUUGUGAUAACAAACUUUAUGUUUGUAUAUGAAAAAAGUCUGAUAGAAAUGUGUACAAAAAUAAUCCAGUUGGAAGGUGAUCAAGUGUUGGAUUACUUUGAAACCCUGCUCAUUGAUAAAAAUUACGUAAUUAUUAAACAACUGUGUGAAAAUGAAUGUUUUAAACACAAAAUGAAAACCGCCUUGUUUGAACUGUAUUCUUACAGCUUUUGUAAUACCAAUUUGUUAAAAUUCAUCGAUUUUUUGUUACAAUAAUAAAUUCAAACAAUUUCCACCA